CUCUUCCUUCCCCAGAAACCUUCUCAAUAAAUAUUUCUUUUGCUUUCAGUAACCUCUUUUAGACCCUCCAUUUAGUUUACCUCUCUGCAACAAGAACUAUAGUUUCACAAUAUAUCUGCAGCUUCACCACUUGCCAUAUCAAUCUCAAGGUCUCAACCUUCUAGUAUCUUAGCUGGUUUCUCAUGUCCUUUUGGCUCUGUAUUCCCUUGGUUUGUGUUUUCGUUUACUUUCUUUUUGUCUCAUUAUUGUUUUUUGUUCCUCAUUGAUUUUAUAUAUAUAUAUAACUUUUUUUAAAAUAAAUAAUCUAAGAAUCCCUCAAUAUCUGAGGUUGUCACCAAGUUCAAAACUAGCUUAUGCUUUGCUAGAUUUCUGCUGUGCUGGUUAUUAAUUUAUUAUUCGUUGCUCUUAUUUUAAUUGAAAGUUGACAACUUGAAACUCCAUUUUAGCUUACCAAAAGGGUAACUUGCACCAGAUUUGCCUUCCGCUCAAGAGUUUCUCAUCUGGGUAUCUCUGUAACUCCAUUUUGAGCUAACAUGAUCUCAAAGGUGCAAUCUUUUCCAUUUUCUGUUCCAUUAUCUUCAUGGGUCCUUUAUUUUUAUUUGAUUUGAGGUUAAUAAAUAGAGCUUUCUUAUUCUGUCUCCAUUGAAAAAAUUAUUACUUCUGGUUGAUCAAAAGUUCUUGAAUUGCUUACUAGAAUUCAUUUCCUUCCUUUGGUUUUCCAAGGACCUUCUUUCUGUUUCUACUUUUGUUGAUUAAUAGUGGUUCCUUUACUGCUCUGCCUUUGUUAGAACCCAAGACUUUGCUUAAGCUCAAUUAGGAACUAUUUCUCAAUUUCCCCGAUUCUUGUAGUGAUGGGUGAUAAAGGAUUGAAAUUUUUUGUUUGGGUUUUACCAAUAUUGAGCCUGAGCUUGGCAUUUUUAUGUAGUGGAUUUAUUCCUGUAGACAAUUACCUUGUAGAUUGUGGAUCAAACAAAGAUACUGCGGUUGGCAAACGUGUUUUUUUGGCUGAUAACUCUAGCUCAAAUUCCAUUUCUACCCCAAACACCAUUUUUGCUUCAACUCCCAAAUCUGUCCCUUCUUCUGAGGGCUCACAGCUGUAUCAAACAGCAAGAAUCCUCAAUGGAACCUCAAAGUACACCUUUUCAAUUCGACAACCUGGAAGACAUUGGAUUCGCCUUUAUUUCUAUCCAUUUGUUUAUGAUGCUUAUGAUAUGAGCCAGGCAAGAUUUGAUGUUUUCACUCAAGACCAUGGACUUCUGAGCAAUUUUAGAGUGAAUGCAAGUGCUUUUAAAGAAUUUUCCAUCAAUGUAACCUCAAAAAGCCUUGAAAUUACCUUUGCCCCUUCCAUCAAUUCAUUCGCUUUUGUAAAUGCCUUGGAAGUUGUUUCAGCCCCUGAUACACUUAUUACAGGUGAUCCUGUCACUUUUAAUCCAGUUGGGAAUUUUCAAGGCUUGUCCUGGCAGGCAUUGGAGACUGUUUAUAGGGUGAACAUGGGUGGACCAUUAAUUACAUCUCGUAAUGAUACCCUUGGGCGAACUUGGGAGACUGAUCAAAAGUUUCUCACCAACAAGAACGUUGCCACAACUAUAUCUAAAAUUGCUGCUGUCAAGUAUGUAGAGGGUGGGGCGACACCAGAUAUUGCUCCUAAUGCUGUAUAUGGUACUGCCACCAUGAUGAACUCAUCAGGUGAUCCCAACAGCAAUUUCAACGUGACCUGGAAAUUCAAAGUUGAUCCAGGAUAUCAGUAUUUUGUUCGGUUUCACUUCUGUGAUAUAGUAAGUACUGGUCUUAACCAGCUCUACUUUGAGGUUUAUAUCGACUCUUGGCUUGUUGCUAAGGAUCUCGAUCCUAGUUCUGCUUUAUCAAACAUUUUGGCGGGUGCGGUGUUUAUGGAUUAUGUCACAGCAUUAACUGUCAACGAUACUCUUCAUGUGAGUAUUGGUCCAAGCACCUCACUAAAUGUUUUCCCAAAUGCCAUUCUAAAUGGGUUGGAGAUCAUGAAAAUGAACAAUUCCCUGGGCAGCCUCAGUGGGGCAGCUCCUUUGCUUUCUGAUUCAAGUUCAAAGAAGGAUGUUGGCAUAAUAGUGGGCUUGACUGUUGGGGCAUUUAUAAUUGUGGUCUUAGCUGGAAUUCUGUUUAUGCUGUGCAGAAAAAGAAAAAGACUGGCACGCCAAGGCCAUUCAAAGACAUGGAUUCCUCUAUCUAUCAGUGGAGGACAGUCUCAUACUAUGGGUAGUAAAUAUUCUAAUGGAACAACUGUUAGUAUUAAUUCUAAUUUGGGAUAUCGUAUUCCAUUUGCUGCAGUACAAGAAGCCACAAACAGCUUUGACGAGAGUUGGGUUAUUGGUAUUGGUGGUUUUGGGAAGGUGUACAAGGGAGUUCUAAAUGAUGGUACGAAAGUGGCUGUUAAAAGGGGAAAUCCGCGCUCCCAGCAGGGACUUGCAGAAUUCCAGACUGAAAUUGAGAUGCUAUCCCAGUUCCGACAUCGCCAUCUUGUUUCAUUAAUUGGGUACUGUGAUGAAAAAAAUGAGAUGAUCUUAAUUUAUGAAUAUAUGGAGAAUGGGACUCUCAAGGGUCACCUCUACGGCUCAGGUAAUCCCAGCUUGAGUUGGAAAGAAAGACUUGAGGUAUGUAUUGGAGCAGCUAGAGGUCUUCAUUAUCUGCACACUGGCUAUGCUAAAGCAGUCAUUCACCGUGAUGUGAAGUCUGCAAAUAUCUUGCUUGAUGAGAACCUCAUGGCCAAAGUCGCAGACUUCGGGCUUUCAAAGACGGGACCUGAAAUUGAUCAGACCCAUGUGAGUACAGCAGUGAAGGGAAGUUUUGGUUACCUUGAUCCUGAAUAUUUCAGAAGGCAACAACUGACGGAGAAAUCAGAUGUGUAUUCCUUUGGAGUAGUUCUAUUUGAGGUUCUUUGUGCAAGACCUGUUAUAGAUCCAACCCUUCCAAGGGAAAUGGUGAACUUAGCAGAAUGGGCAAUGAAAUGGCAGAAGAAAGGGCAAUUGGAGCAGAUAAUAGAUUCUACGCUUGCGGGAAAAAUAAGACCAGAUUCACUUAGGAAAUUCGGGGAAACUGCUGAGAAAUGUUUAGCUGACUUUGGGGUUGACAGGCCUUCUAUGGGAGAUGUCUUAUGGAAUCUUGAGUAUGCUCUUCAACUUCAAGAGGCAGUUGUUCCAGGUGACCCUGAGGAAAAUAGUACUAAUAUGAUUGGUGAGCUCUCACCACAAAUCAACAAUUUCAGCCAUGUUGAUGACAAUAAUUCUGCUGCACAAUUUGAAGCAUCAAGUAAUAGUGUGGAUGAUCUCUCUGGGGUUUCAAUGAGUAAGGUAUUCUCUCAACUGGUGAAGUCUGAGGGAAGAUAACUUGUCGGUGAUGGUAUGUUUGAUGAGCUCUAGCUUGUUCUUCAACAUCACUUCUCUGGCUUGUCCUCUCACCAAGUGAAUUAGGGCGCUUCUCUUUAUCAAGAUGAGAAAGUAGAACUUGAGUAUUCUAAGGAGAAAAUCCUGUCUGAUAAAAUCAAGAGAGCAUCUUCUGCAUGACUUUUUUGGUUGGUGUUUGGACAAAACAAAGAAGAGUUGCUCCAUGUUCGAACAGCUAGUUGGAUCCUUCACGUAGGUGCCUAAAUUAUACCAUUGUUUUUGGAGUUCUGGAUAUGAAACCAAGUUCACUCUUUUGUACAGCAGGGAUGAUGUAUCAAAAGUGAGUUUUAGGGAAUUGAUAAGAGUCUUGCAUUUUAAUUUGUAGGCUGUGUUUUGUGUCUAGUCAUAGUUAUAUGAAAUAUAAACUUGUUAUAACUGCAAUGAUUUCUAUAUUUGGAAAUGUUUGUCUGAAUCUUAGCCUUGUUUUAUUUUAA